GCCGGAUUUACGUUCUUUUUUCCUCCGUGGGAAGCCAUGAUGGCAGUUUGAGAGCGGAGCUGCGGAGCGACCUGAGGAGAGAUGAGUCCCGCCGAUAAACCGCACACCGUCACGCUUCUCCAAAGGCUACCGUCGCAUAUCUAACACAGUUCAGGUGGAGACGGUCAUUUGUCAUUUUUCACGGAACCAACUUGGCCAUCCAGCCACGACGAUGAUCAUUCGUUAGGAGGGUUUUGAGGGGGGUUUAGCAGCGGUGGCUAGCGGGCGAUGCUAGUCGGGAAAGGCUCGCCUGUGGGUUUUCUUCUUCGCGCGGAGAUGGAGAGGAUUCGGUCCUCUCUCUGGACCUGAUCACGGCGCGCGCGCCAGACACACAGACUUCUGCCACACUAUUGUUGUUGUUAUAUCGGAUGCGUUCCGGUUUGACCGGGCCGCGGGAUCGGAGGACAUUUUCAGCAGCUCGGAGGACUGAGCGUUCGGGACCGAGAGAGUCGGGCCUGCUGCGCCGGAACGGAUAGAGGCCCGUCUGCGAGAAGCUGUAAUCCGGCCCGCUGCGCCGGACCGACCGGGCCACACACACACACACACACACACACACACACUCAAGGUUGAGAGAGACGCAGAGCCAUUCCGAGCUAACACACAGAACUGAAGUGUUUUGAACUGCUGUCAUGGCAAUGACUGCUAAAAUUAAAGAAAUAGUCAGUCGGAACAAGAGGCGAUAUCAAGAGGAUGGGUUCGAUUUGGACCUAACUUACAUAUACCCCAACAUAAUUGCCAUGGGCUUCCCUGCCGAAAGGUUGGAGGGAGUCUACAGAAACAACAUUGAUGAUGUGGUGCGAUUCUUAGAUUCGAAGCAUAAAAAUCAUUAUAAAAUUUAUAAUCUAUGUGCUGAAAGACACUACGAUGCAUCCAAAUUCAAUUGUAGGGUGGCUCAAUAUCCCUUCGAGGACCAUAACCCGCCACAGUUGGAAUUAAUAAAGCCCUUCUGCGAGGAUCUGGACCACUGGCUGUCCGAAGACGAGAACCAUGUGGCAGCUAUCCACUGCAAGGCAGGCAAAGGCCGCACAGGGGUCAUGAUAUGCGCCUAUCUGUUGCAUCGCAGGAAGUUCUCCGAGGCCCAAGAGGCACUGGACUUUUAUGGGGAAGUCAGGACCAGAGAUAAAAAGGGGGUCACCAUUCCCAGCCAGCGCAGGUAUGUGUUUUACUACAGCUACCUGCUGAAGAACAGGCUGGAUUAUAAACCCGUUGCGCUCCUGUUCCAUAAAAUGGUUUUCCAGACUCUGCCCAUGUUCAGUGGGGGCAACUGCAGGGACAGUACUGUUAAAAACAGGAGUGAGGUGAAUCCCCAGGGCUUCAAGAAAGGCAACUGGCACUGGGACCCUCAGUUCGUUGUGUAUCAGUUGAAGGUAAAGAUCCACACGUCAAACCCAGCCCACACACGGAGGGAAGAGAAGCACAUGAUCUUUGAGUUCCCUCAGCCUCUUCCGGUCUGUGGCGACAUCAAAGUGGAAUUCUUCCACAAACAGAGCAAGAUGAUGAAGAAGGAUAAAAUGUUCCAUUUCUGGAUAAACACGUUCUUCAUCCCGGGUCCCGAGGAAGCUGGGGAGAAAGUAGAGAAUGGGUUGGUGGUCAACGAUGUGGACAGCCUCUCCUCUCAGAGCUCUCUGGCCGAGAGGGAGAGAGAGAAGGAGAGAGGGAUUGCAGCGGGAGGACUUGAAAGAGAAAAGGGAGCAGAAUGGGGAGGAGAGCGAGCAGGAGUAGCGGAGGGAGAUAAAGACUACUUGAUUCUGACCUUAACGAAGAACGACUUGGAUAAGGCCAAUAAGGACAAAGCUAACCGAUACUUCUCACCCAACUUCAAGGUGAAGCUGUACUUCACCAAGACCGUGGAGGAGCCCUCAAACUCAGAAGCGAGCACUUCAACUUCUGUCACUCCGGAUGUGAGUGAUAAUGAACCUGAUCACUACCGCUAUUCAGACACCACUGAUUCCGACCCAGAAAACGAACCUUUUGAUGAGGAACAGCACGCACAGAUUACAAAAGUCUGAACACUUUUUGGCAUCUAAACACACACACACAUACACAAACAAAUACAUGCCGGACAAAAACAAGAAAAACCAACCAACACCAGUGAAAUAAAAAAAAGGAGUAAACUUGAAAAUAAACUGAAGAGAAAAGGACCCUUCCUCCCCUCCCCCUCCAACAGCUCGAGGACAGUCCUGUCGAUCGCCAUUGAUCACGAACGAAGAAAAUAUCCUGACCAAUAUGUUAUUUUACUUCAUUUUGAUGGCUGAAUUUCAUGUGUGGAUAACAACACCAUUGCCUGAGGUGGGAGGGAGGGUCCUGUAGCUAUUCUGUGUAUAUAAAAUCCCUUUUUUGUGUCAAAGACGUUAAAAACCUAGGCAAUCAGGCGAGGAGAGGAGAGGGGAGGGGAGGAGAGGUAGAGCAGACCACACAUCUCUCCUUCUCCCCGUCUUGACCCAGGCCAGUGCUGCAAUCACCCUCUCCCCCUCUCCCUCGCUCUUCCCUUCCUUACUGUGAAUGCUUCUCGUGCUGUCCGCAGGCGCUAAGACCUUUGACCCCUUCCUGCGCGGUGUGUGCUGGUGUUGCGUAGUCUUUCAGGCUGUUGUACAAAGGCUACGGUGUGCCAGCGUCCCUUUUCCUAGCCUCACAAGCUCCCCCGCCCCCACCCCACUGUGUAUAACGAUAAAUUAUGCAGAAAAACACGACAUCCCAUGUAAUUGUCGUUGUUUUUUUUUGUUUUUUUAUCCUAAGAUAAUAAAAAAUAUAAUACAUGAAAGCGCAGGGAACCAGUGUUUGCAAUAAUGUUAACACUCAACAUUUAAAGGACAAAUUGGUGUGCAUGAUGUCAUUGGAGUCAGUGUCCAUGUUUAAUAAAUGCUAUAUGUGUUUUUAUUAAAA